GCCUUUCAAACUGGGACGACCACACGUUUAGAUGAACGCAUUUUUACCAUGUGUCAGGUGAAGAACCAGCCCCUUGUAUACCUCAUGCUUAUGACACAUCCCAGUCUGUACAGAGUUGAUAACCUCACAGAUGAGGGAGCUCUUAACAUAAAUGACAGAACUAUACCUCAGCCACCCAUUCUCCAGCUGUCGGUAGAGAAGUUGAGUAGGGAUGGUGCUUACCUUAUGGACGCCGGCUCUGUAAUGUUUUUGUGGAUUGGGAAGAACUGCGGGCAGAGCUUUAUCAGCCAAGUGCUUGGAGUUCCAAAUUACGGCUCGAUACCGCAGAAUAUGACGCAUCUCCCAGAACUCGAAACCGCAGAAUCCAUCAGAACAGCAGCUUUUAUUUCUUGGCUGAGAGAGCAGAGACCUUUCUUCCCCAUACUAUAUAUAAUAAAGGACGACAGUCCAUUGAAAUCAAGUUUUCUGCAAAAUAUGAUCGAAGACAGAACAGAAUCAGCCUUAUCAUACUAUGAAUUCCUCCUUCAUAUACAGCAGCAAGUGAAUAAAUGAAACACUAGCCGUUGGCUCACUUCUUUAAGAGGAAAGAUUUUGCAGUAAAGAACGAUUGUGCUUGUAAUAUCUUCAUUAAAUCCGUGGCCUGAGGCAGUUGAUGAGAAGUUGUCACUGUGAUUUCAACAAACUAAAGCAAAUAAAGGACCACAUCUGAGAAUCAAAUGUACAACUACAUAAUAUUGUACCUUAAAAAAACAAAGAAUCAAACUAUUGGAACUGGUUGAGCACCUUUAAUUUGCUGCAAAUCAUGUUUUUACUGUAAGUAGUUGCAGCAUGAAGUACAUUUACAAAGGCAAUACUGAAAAGGUGAAAUACAUUUUGUAAAAUAAAGAGUUCUUUGUUGUUCAAAAUGUAU